AUGCUGGUCCCACGCCCGUACUUGGCUGCUCUCGCAGCGACAUUGCAUACCUCUAUCGUCUCAGGUCAAGAGAUGAAAGAACAAGUUUGGGGUGUAUUUGCCUACACUCUCCAUGGAGACACGGUUCCAUCCUCGGUCUCUCGGCCUCAGACGCUGACCCCAUAUGGAUCCAAUCAGUUGUACCAGGCCGGCUCUGCCUUUCGGAAUCGAUAUGUGGCUAUACACGAAGACGACAGCGCCCCCAGCACGAGAAUUGAGAGCCUCUCGCGGAACAUGCUGGACCCUGAGGACAUUGAGAUCUUCUCCACGACAGACGCCUCGGUUGUUGCAUCCGCCCAAGCAUUCAUGCAGGGACUCUAUCCGCCACUCAAUGAUUCAUACGGAGCGACUUAUUACGAUCCGUCCUUCGAGCUCGCCAACGGGUCUCUGGCUGAAGCUCCCCUCAAUGGAUAUCAGUAUCCACCCAUUCUUACCUACGGAUCAUCAGACUAUCAAUCGAUCGUGGUCGAGGGUCACAGCUCAUGCCUAAUGCACCGGGUUGCGGAUGACGAAUACAAGUUCACCCAAGAGUUUGAGCAAAUGAAAGAGGAGACAGAGGCAUUCUACCAGAGUAUAUACGACCAAGUCCUGUCUGGCAUAAUGAACCGCUCGGAAGCGACCUACGCAAAUGCUUACUAUAUCUCUGAGUUUCUGGAAUAUCAGUCCGUCCACAACGAUUCGUUGCUCCACCAGCUCAAUCAGGGGGAUAUUGAAUCGGCACGAUACUUUGCAGACCACUACAUCUUUGCCACGAACGGUAAUACCUCUACGUCUGGAGUCGGAACUCCGGAUGUUCGCACCGUGGCCGGCAAAACCCUCGCCGCCAGCAUCGUGAACGUCUUCGGGACUAAUAUCGACGCUCGUGGCACCAGCGGAAAAAUGACAUUCAUGUUCGGCAGUCAUGAGCCCGUCGUAGCCCUUACCUCCCUCAUGGGCCUGGCGUCACCUGAGCAUGCGAGCUUCUACUCCCGUCCCGCCCACGGCGCGUCCAUCGUGCUGGAACUCUACAGUCUCGAGAACGAUACCUAUCCGACAUAUCCCGACCCGUCUCAGUUGUAUGUUCGCUUCGCUCUCCGGAAUGGAACCGGGUCCCCCGAAUCCCCGGAGUUCCAGACCUAUCCCCUCUUCGGGCUGGGUCCUAGCAACAUCGGAAUACCGUACUCGGAAUUUGAGUCGGAGAUGAAGCAGAUUGCCUUGAACUCGACCGAGGAGUGGUGUCAUCUGUGCAACACUGAUAUCGCAUUCUGUUCGCCAUUCUCGGACAAGACCCAUAAGGAUCACCAGGGCUCAGGGCACAAAGGAAUGGCUCCAGGCGUUGCUGGUGUCAUUGGGGCAGUGGUCACCCUGGUCACGGUGGGCGUGGUUGCUGUGGUUGGCUUCCUGUUGUGUGGUGUGCGGCUGGGACGGAUUCGCAAGCGGAGUCUCGGGGGAUUCAAAGGAAACAGCAAGAUGGCCAGCGAUACCGACGUCGCCUUCCGAAAUACCACCUGGAGUGAUGCAAAGGAAGCCGGCACCAACGAAGGAGAAGCUGGAGCGCGCACCCAUGAGCGCCAUGGAAGCUGGGAAAUGCGAGGCGGUGCUACCCUCGCCUCGCGCGGUCCGGACGAAAAUGCGCGAUCUCCUUUUGAUGAUGAGAUGGACGACUGGCGGAUACAUACCCUUCAGCAGCCGGUGCAGGCCCGUGAGCAUGUCUGA